CAGCGGCGGCAGCGCAGCCCGGCACCCGCCAAUCCAGCCCGCGGCGCAGCUCUAGGCAGUCGGGGUGGGUGAGGGGCGACGGCGGGGCGGGGAGCGCCCAGCUCAGCCUCGCUGGGUGGGUGCGGGGCAGGGUCGUGCACUAGUUUUCCACCGCGAGGAGCGGAGGCUGACCUGUGCCCUGCAUACUCCAGGCGGCGGCUGGCGCGGAGCGGAGAUGCAGCGGCUCGGACGCACCCUGCUGUGCCUGCUGCUGGCGGUCGCGGUCCCCACGGCCCCCGCGCCGGCUCCGACAGCGACGUCGGCUCCCGCGGAGCCAGGCCCGGCUCUCAGCUACCCGCAGGAGGAAGCCACCCUCAACGAGAUGUUCCGCGAGGUUGAGGAGCUGAUGGAGGACACGCAGUACAAGCUGCGCAGCGCGGUGGAGGAGAUGGAGGCAGAAGAAGCUGCUGCUAAAACAUCAGAAGUGAACUUGGCAAGCUUACCUGCCAUCUAUCACAAUGAGACCAACACAGAUGCCAAAGUGGAAAAUAAUACCAUCCACGUGCACCGAGAAAUUCACAAGAUAACCAACAACCAGACUGGACAGACGGUCUUUUCAGAGAUGGUUAUUAUGUCUGUAGGAGAUGAAGAAAGCCGAAGGAAGCACGAGUGCAUCAUUGAUGAGGACUGCGGCCCCUCCAGUUACUGCCAGUUCACCAGCUCCCAGAACACCUGCCAGCCGUGUCUGAACCAGCAGACGCUCUGCACCCAGGACAGAGAGUGCUGUGGAGACCAGCUGUGCGUCUGGGGUCGCUGCACCAAACAGGCCACCAGAGGUGGCAACGGGACCAUCUGUGAGAGCCAGAGGGACUGCCAGCCUGGGCUGUGCUGCACCUUAGAGAGAGGCCUGCUGUUCCCCGUGUGUAGUCGGCUGGCCCUGGAGGGUGAGCUCUGCCGUGACCUUGAUGCUCGGGUAGUGGACAUCAUCACCUGGGAGCUGGAGCCCAGCGGGCCUUUGGACCGGUGCCCGUGUGUUAGCGGCCUCUUCUGCCAGCCCCACAGCCACAACCACAUCCCGGUGUACACAUGCAAGCCGGCCUUCGACAGCAGCCGCGACCCCAACGGGGACAGCCUGUUGUCCAGGGAGGCUCCCACUGAGGACGAAGACGGCGGCUUCAUGGAGGGGGUGCGCCAGGAGCUGGAGGACCUGGAGCAGAGCCUGACCCAGGAGAUGGUGCUUGGGGAGCCUGCUGCCACCGAGCUGCUGGGCGGAGAGGAGAUGUAGAUCCAGACCAGGGCCAUGGGUAGACGUGCAGUAGAAGUAGCUAAUUUAUUUCCCCAGGUGUGGGCUGGCCAGGCUUUCCCCGUGUCCCCUUCCCAGUAAGUUUCCCCUUUGGGUUGACGAAACUAGGUGCUGUGCAUUUGUCCAGUUGCUCCAACCACACUCCAGGUGUCCUCAUUCUGGGCAAGGUGGGGUGGGCAGACUGGGGGUAGAACCCAGCUGCCCCAAAUCAUUGGCCCCUCUGCCCCUACAGGUUGACAUCAAUUUGAGAGUUGUUUGAGGGUGGGGGAUGGAAAAUGAGGUAGUGUCUGCCUAGGACAGGUUUGGGGAAAUGUGGAGAGGGGGCCCUGCUUUGCAAACAUCAACCUGGCAAAAAUGCAGUGCAAUUCUGUUUGUGCAGUUCUUCCCCUGGGCACAGGUGUCCGGUGCUUGCUCUGCUUUAUGCAUGCUCCUUUGUCAGCUGUUUUAUUCAGUUCCUACCUCGUGUUAGGAUAGAAUUUUCACACCCACCAUUGAGUCACUCUCAGCUGGGCAUGGGAGAGUGUGGAGGCUCAGAGACCACAAGCUACUUGCCCAAGUCACAUGGCAAGUGAAGACCAGACUGAGUUUCCCCCCUUGUGACUCCAAGCCCAGCAUUUUCCCAGUUAACCCACACCAGUGUCAGUGCCACCAACACAACCCCCCAGAGAGAUAAUAAUAAGAUCUGUGCCUAGAAAGAAGGUCAAAGUAGUUUCCACAACUCUGUUAGAAAGAGUGUAGGGUGGCCAUCAUUUUAGUGGAGACCAGUGGUACGGACACUGUCUCCCCUUGGUGUCUGCAUUAGUAACUUAGAAGGUACAUGAUUAGAGCGUAGAAUCUAAGCUAACCCGCUGAAGACAUACAUAGGUAAUUGAAAGGCCUAGAUUAGUAAUGAGAUUUGCAGAAUCACUUAGCAGCAACUGAAGACCAUUAUCAAGCACAGAGAGAAAAUCAAACCAGGCCAGACUCUAUGAAAUAUGGUUGUAAUAUCCAAACCGAGAACAUUGAACAUGAAUGUCAUCCCCAAAUGAUAUUUUCAGUUGCCAAGAACUGUUGCCAUCAUGUAUUUGUCCAGAGUUACUAAACUUUAAAGUCGUACAUGAUUGUCUCAGCAUGCUUUCUUUGGUUUUAAAUUAUGUAUAAACACAUAUGUUGCAUUUUGAAAUCAAGCAUAAAUCACUUUGACUACUCUUCUGUA